AUGGCUUCCGUCGCGGCAGAGGGCGAGGAGGUAAAGACACCCGUUUCGAAAGAUGAUAGUCGGGAAGAGAGAGCGGAGGAGGACCGACAGGAUUCAGCAUCUACAGGUUCACAGUCUGACGGCGAGGACGAAGGCGAGGUCAGUGACGGUGAGGUACGAAAGAAUGGGUCGCCCAAUGCGACACCGAACGCAGACGUACCGCAAGAAGGCCCUCCUCUCCCCAACGAAGACGUCCCGCCCCUCCCCGCAGAACCCCCACCAGGCCCGACGGAGCAAGACGACGGAUGGGCGCCGGUGUGGGAAGAGACGGCGCAAGCCUUCUACUUCUACAAUCGCUUCACGGGCGCCACGCAGUGGACGAAUCCUCGAGUUCCCGACGACGCGGCUGUUGCGCAACCGGGUCCUCCGGGCGUUGAUGUUCCCCUACCUGCUACAGACCUUCCUGCUUCGAGUCCGCCGACGACGACAGGCUACAAUCCCGCGAUUCACGGUGACUACGAUCCGACAGCCUGGUACGCGCAGCCGGAACAGCCCACUGCGCAGAGCCUCACACAAGCCGGCGACCCUACCGCGUCGUACGCUGCGACGGCUGCUUUCAAUCGGUUCACGGGGAGAUAUCAAGUUGCGGAUUUGACGCCCGACAACUUCAAUGAUGAGAACAAGAGCAAGCGGCAGAUGAACGCAUUCUUCGACGUCGACGCCGCAGCCAACAGCCACGAUGGCCGCAGUCUGAAGGCCGAGCGCAGCGGGAAGAAGCUGUCCAAAACGGAAUUGAAGCAGUUCAAGGAAAAGCGCCGGGCGAAGAAAGAGGAGAAACGGAGAGCUUGGCUGAGAGAUUGA